AUGGACACAACUGAAGAAAUACAUCGAAAAUCGAUUACAAGCAUGUUACAAUACAAACCCGAUAAUGCAAAUAAUGUUGGUAAGACGAAACAGUUUGUUAGAACCACAGCGCAUGUAGCGACUGAUAGUCAGACCAACACAUUAAAUCAGUGUCCAGUGUGCCCCCAGAAACAUAUAAUUUACAAGUACAAUACAUUCAUGACAGCAAAACCAAGUGAGCGAUUAAAUUUAGCUAAAAGAGCUAAAAUAUGUUUAAACUGUUUGCGCACAAACCACGGUUCAAAUCAAUGUACUAAUGAUAAGACUUGUAAAAGUUGUGGAUUAAAACACCAUACACUUUUACAUCUCAACAUGAGUAAGGUCAGUACAACAGAGGGUGAAGAUACGUCAAAUUGUCAGGGAACAGAACAGUGUUCACAAAGUACAACAUCUCAUCUAGGAGCAUCACACCCGACCACAUCCCAGAGCGUCAUACUGUCAACAGCAUUAGUACGUGUAAGUGGCAAAAAUGGCCAAACAGUGUUAUGUCGAGCACUACUAGAUUCUGGGUCACAAUCGCAUUUUAUAACAUCAUCAUUGACAACAGAACUAGGCAUUGACAGAAUAAAUGCUCAAGUGAUCGUCAACGUUAUAUCCUCAGCAGAGACAACUGUCAGCGAGAAGGCAGAGUUCACGGUGUCAUCACGCGUAAACAAUAAGGAGUAUCAAAUUACUGCUUUGGUUGCACCACGUAUCACUAUUGAUCUACCUGUUGGUAAGAUAGACACAUCAAAUUGGCAUCAAUUACAAGACUUUGGACCAGAGGGUGCCCCUAUACUACAAAAUACAAGAUUUUAUUGGAUUGUUACUAGUGGUAACAACGUCACUAAAACUGAUCCAACACAGACCACAACCAGUGUAAUCACCUGUUGUACCAGUACCACUCAUCAGCGACUUGAGAACCAAAUUGAAAAUUUCUGGAAAAUUGAAGAGGUGCCUAGAGUGACAACUAUGUCAAAACAAGAUCAACUCUGCGAAGACCAUUUCCUCAAAACAUUUAAACGCAAUGAAAGUGGGCGUUACGUUGUACGGUUGCCAUUUAAGGAGACGCCGCACUCUGUGAACAAUUCAUACAACGUUACUGUACGAAGACUCGCACAGGUGGAGAGGUCACUGCUUCGAAAUCCAUCAGUGUACGACCAGUACCGACAGUUCAUGGCUGAUUAUCUUGAACAGAACCACAUGGAGCGCGUACAUCCCACGGAAGAGAGGCAGACUAUAUUCCUACCACAUCAUUACAUCUCACGUCCAUCUAGUGUCACUACUAAAUUGAGAGUUGUCUUUGAUGGAUCUGCUAUUGUCUGCAAUGGGAAGUCACUGAACGACACAUUACAUCGAGGUCAUAAACUACAGCGUGACAUAGUUAGAGUUAUCACCAGAUUCCGUAUGCACAGAUAUGUUUACACUGCUGACAUACGUCAGAUGUUUCGGCAGAUUUAG